AUGAUAAAGCGACGCGACUAUCGCAUGCUUCAUCAAGAAGACGGCCCCGCGGCCGCCUCCAGCGACGACUCGAGUUCGUCGAGCGACGACGACGACAAUGUCGCCUCGUCAGACGAAGAAGCUGAAGUGCAGGGGGGUGGUGGGGAGAGUGAGGAGGGAGAGAGUGACGAGGGUGCGGGUGAGAGGGGUGAGAGUGAGAGUGAUUCAGAGGAGGAGUCAGAGCAGGAGGAGGGGGGAGGAGCAGGUGGGGUGUCUUCUCAGUGGGAAGAGCUGGUUUCCGAGGAGGAGAGGGAGAGAGAGGAGGAGAAACGGAGGAAGAAGAGGAGGAAGAAGGGUAGGAAGAGUGGGAGCAGUGACAGUGAUAGCAGUUCAAGUGACGAGAGCAGUGAGGAGGGGGAGGAGGAAGAGGAGGACGGGGAGGAGGAUGAGGAAGAGGAGAGAGAGGAGGGAGAGGAGAGGGGGGAGGAGGAGGGUGGCAAAGCAGGGAAGCGGAAGAGGAAAGGCCAGGGGGAGGGAGAGGCAUUCAAAGACAUGGAUUUUGGGGAGGGGGGGGAGAUGGUGGUGAGAGUGGUGGGGCAGGGAGGAGUGGGAGGGGGUGUGCUGCGGUGCAGAGUGUGCCCUCGAGUGCUCUGUGUGAACAGUGACAACAUGAAGAAACACCUGGCGUCCAAGAAGCACGUGGCAGCCGUGGGGAGGCAUGAGAGGGGCGAGCUGCAGGUGUUGGUGAACAGCGAUGGUGAGGUGGAGGCCAUUGGGGAAACCCACGCUGAGAAGUUCGAACGCACCAAAGCCGCAGCUGCUGCUGCUGCCGCCGAUGCUGCAGCUGCUGCGGCAGAGGCAGCAGAGGCUGCUGCUGCUGCUACAGCUGCUGGUACUGCUGCUGCUGAUGGUGCUGCUGCAGGGAGUGCCAAGAAGCACAAGGCGGAUGGUGGAAGGCAGAGGCAGCAGCGCCGGAAGCAGCUACAGCAGCAGAAGAAGAAGAAGCUGGGAGCUGAAGCUGCCACUGCCGGUGGUCAUGGCCGUGAUAGUGGUAUGGCUGGGGCGGCUGGGGUGCCUGGGACCCCUAAGGAAGCAGCUAGGUCAAGAAAAACCAAGAAGGGUGGAGCUGAUAAGGCGAGUGGUGGUAAUGUAAACGCAGGUGGUGCUGCUGUCGCUGUGGCACGUGAAGGGGGUGGUGCUGAUGGUAGUGGUGUUGGUGGUGUUGGUGGUGUUGGUGGUUUUGGUGAUAAGCAUAAGAAAAGGAAGAACGUGAAGGAGUUGGUUAAAGGAGGAGGGGUUGCUGGAUCAGCACCACUGGCAGGGAAGCGAAAGGUUCGUGGUCCAAUGUUCAUCCAACACGUGGCAGCAAUGUCGAAGCGCCGGAUCGUUCUCGCGUCGGCAUCACCUAGACGACGCGAAUUGCUUUCAGGCCUGGGACUAAGUGUUGACGUCAUCCCGAGCACGUUUAACGAGGACCUCAAUAAAGCAGCAUUCGCCAGCGCAGGAGACUACGCAGCAGAGACAGCCACCCACAAGGCCAUUGAAGUUUCCUCCAAGGCCCUGCGUGCUGCUCAGGCGAGUGGGGAGGCGCCACCAACGCUCGUGAUUGCUGCCGACACUGUGGUGGAGAUAGAUGGCGAGCUUUUAGAGAAGCCGGCUUCUAAGGAGGACGCAAUUCGCAUGCUUUCGCUCCUAUCAGGCCGCAAGCACCGAGUUUUCACGGGAGUGGCUCUUGUGCUGCCAGCUGUCACCGACCCUCUGAUUGGCCGAUCGCCUCUUCUCCGCUCUUUUCACGAGUGCACUCAGGUGGAGUUUGCAUCACUGUCCCGAGCGGAAAUCGAGGCGUAUGUGGCAACAGGAGAGCCCAUGGACAAGGCGGGGGGAUACGGCAUUCAGGGGCUGGGCGGGUGUCUGGUGAAGGCGAUCAACGGGUGCUACUUCAACGUCAUGGGACUGCCUCUCAACAGACUCGCAUCCGAAAUCGACCAACUUAUCACCUCAAAGCUGAUCAAUUUAGAUGUAUAG